AUGGAGUCGAAUCAGCAGCUGCCGCAGCAAGAUGCCCCCGGCUCCUUGAGCUGGCGGUUGAGCUCGCAUCCCAUUACCCUCUUGACCUUUCUUACGUUCCGGAUAUCAAGCGUUCUUGUGUACUUCCUCGGCUUGUGGAUCAUCAAGAGCAUGAUCAUGAUCUUCAUCAUCACCAUCCUCCUCCUCGCCGCCGACUUCUACUACCUCAAGAACAUCGCCGGCCGCCGCCUCGUCGGUCUGCGCUGGUGGAACGAGGUAGACCCCCAGACGGGCGACUCGCAGUGGGUGUUCGAGAGCAGCGAGCCCGGCACCAAGACGGUCAACGCGACCGACAGCCGCUUCUUCUGGCUCGCGCUCUACGUCCAGCCGGUUCUCUGGAUCCUCCUCGCCAUCUUUGCGCUCGUCAGGUUGCAGUUCUUGUGGUUGCCGCUUGUCGUCAUCGCUCUCGUCUUGACCAUCAUGAACGCCAUGGCCUUCUCCCGGUGCGACAAGUUCAGCCACGCGUCCGGCAUCGCCGGCAGCGCCCUGUCCUCGGGCGGUUUGGCGGGGAGCAUCGCGACUAACAUGGUGGGACGGCUGUUCAACCGCGGUUGA